AUGAACAGGUUCCAACUAAAACCAAAAUAUUCUGUGACUUCAACUUUUUACAAUGAUAAUGUUUCAGCUACAGUGAACUAUACUAUCAACAUUGACGGACUUCCCUCAUAUAAUCCAUUAAAGCACUAUACAGGUGUGCCUGAAAGUGGAUUUAAGACAAUUGCAAAGUCACGCCGUCGAAAGAUUUACAGAGAGUAUCUUCCAAUCCUUUACGAAUGUUUAGGCCAUGAUGAAGAUCUCCGAGAAGGACUGUGGCAAACUAUACAGAUUUUUGGUGGGGGUGGUGACAAGAGCACAUGUUACAAACCAGUUGAUAUUGAUGGGCUUGUCAUUGCACCAGUUGCCAUAACCAAUAAAGUCAGCAUGGAAUCUCGUGCGGCGCAAGUCUCAAAAGACAAGCUUUCACAUGCAAUCCGUAUUGACGGGAACGAUAAAUCAAAAGUUUGUGAUACAAUUAUAGUCUCCACACAAAAGAGCUUGCAGCAUGUUAAGCCUGAAGCAUUUGAAGAGCUGAGUGUGGCUUCAGUCAGAGAUAUCUUAGCUACUGAGAUUCCGGAUGAAGAGGUGUUUCAAAUGCUUGUCUAA